GCCGGAGCAGCCCGCGAGCAGACCGGGGCGCGCAGGGAGCGGGAUGGCACCGGCGCUGUAAGCCGAGGUGCCGCGGCUGCGGGCACGGCUCGAAUGCGGGCCCCGGAGCAUCGCUGAGGCGGCGGGUCCCCGACCUCGUCCUCCCCGCCGCGCCCAGCGUCCUCCGGACGGCGACGCCGCGGGCCGCUGCGGUGGGCUCCGGCACGAUGAAGGGUUUGGGGAUAGAGUACUUGGCGGACCGGAAAGGAGUCCAGCUCCUUGGAUUGUUGAACCUUUACCUGGAGCAAGAACAAAGAUUCCAACCUCGAGAGAAAGGGCUGAGCUUGAUUGAGGCUACUCCGGAGAAUGAUAACACUUUGUGUCCAAGAUUGCGAAAUGCCAAAGUAGAAGACCUAAGGAGUUUGACUAACUUUUUUGGAUCUUGCACGGAGACCUUUGUCCUGGCUGUCAAUAUUUUGGACAGAUUCUUGGCUCUUAUGAAGGUGAAGCCUAAGCAUUUGUCUUGCAUUGGGGUCUGUUGCUUUUUGCUGGCUGCUAGGAUCGUUGAAGAAGAAUGCAACGUGCCAUCCACUCAUGAUGUAAUCCGGAUUAGUCAGUGUAAAUGCACUGCUUCUGACAUAAAGCGGAUGGAGCAGAUCAUUUCAGAAAAAUUGCACUAUGAAUUGGAAGCUACUACUGCCUUAAACUUUUUGCACUUAUACCAUGCUAUUGUACUUUGCCACACUUCAGAAAGGAAAGACAUCCUGAGCCUCGAUAAGCUAGAAGCUCAGCUGAAAGCUUGCAACUGCCGACUUGUUUUCUCAAAAGCUAAACCAUCAGUAUUAGCUCUGUGCCUUCUCAAUUUGGAAGUAGAAACUUUGAAAUCCGUUGAGCUACUGGAAAUUCUCCUACUUGUUAAAAAACAUUCCAAGAUUAAUGAUGCCGAGUUCUUUUAUUGGAGGGAGUUAGUUUCCAAAUGCUUAGCUGAAUAUUCCUCUCCUGAAUGCUGCAAGCCCGAUCUGAAGAAGCUGGUGUGGAUUGUGUCAAGGCGCACAGCACAGAAUCUGCACAACAGCUACUACAGUGUCCCCGAGCUGCCCACCAUCCCGGAGGGGGGCUGCUUUGGCGAGAGUGAAAAUGAGGACUCCUCUGAAGACAUGAGCAGCGGAGAGGAGAGCCUCAGCAGUUCGCCCAGUGACCCGGAGUGCACCUUCUUUUUCAACCUCGCCGUGGCACAGACCUUGUGCUUUCCAUCCUAGAAAUCUCAUUGCUUGGGAUCAGAAUUGAUGGUGUGGGUACAGGUUUCGGUGCCAUGAAUGGGGGAGGAGGUAGCGCUCUCGUCCAGCCCCCACCUAGGCAGGAAUUGCAUAGACUGGCAUACCUACCUUCUAUUUAUUAUUCAGAUCAGAUGUGGCCUAUUUUCAUAUUUAAUCCUAAGCCAUCAAAUGGGUUAGUGCCUCUUAAAGAAUUACAGUACUUUAGACAUUGGCACUUUAUUUUUCUUGUUGAUCUUUAGCUACUUGGGGGAAGUGGGAGAGGUGCUGAUACCUUUGUUACUUUUCAAGAAGUUUUUUAAAGAGAAGUAGUGUAACUUCUCUUCACUUUUUAUAAAGCCUUCAGGUAUCUUGGAGCUGACUGGGAGUGUGCAAGAGCUCCCUGAGCAGGGACGGUGGGUGCGCCUCUAGUGGUUUCCCUUGGAUUUUCCUUCCACCCGUUCUUACAGCAGAAUACACAGUACUCUGAUGUGUCCAAUAGCUGUCUGUUAGUGUUUUGCUUUUUAAGUGAUUGGUGUAUUAUCUGAUGCAGAUCCUUUAAAAGUUAGGAAUAUUGACAUUUCUAAUAAUUUUAGUAUGUAAUGUUUACUUGAGAUGUCUGCUAAAGCAGGAAAAAUCAACAGGCUAGGGCUGAUAGAUUUUUGCAUUCUUAAUGCCUAAGUGUUGUCAGACUAUAGUAUUACUUUAAAUUUUUUUUAAAUCCAUAAACUGCUAGUUUUGCAUGUACCUGUAUGAAAGUAAUACAGGAAGUUGGACAGAACUAGGUAACUAUGGAAUUGAUAAAUGUUGAUCUAGUAGCAUAUUUUAUAUCAUUUUCUUAUAUGAAGAGAUGUCUGCAUGUUUUAUUUCCUUCACAUUUCAAAAAUAAUGUGUUAGCAUAUGGGUGCCAAGACUGAACAUGAAGUAAGAAGAAUGCAAGUGUUGGUAGUAUUAUAGUUUUAAGCAAGUCUGUGUGGUGAUACAGCUAUAAGAAUGGGGGUAUGUCAACUCUGUACACAUAAGAAUUUGUGCAGGAGAUUUUUAACUUUAUAAACUGUACAUGAAAAUGUAAAUCUUUAAAAAUGUACAUAAAAAUACUGUAUUUUUAUACCCUGUGUGUGAUAGUCUAGUCAUUGCAUGUAAAUAUAAUUUAUUGUGUAUUCUGUAUUAUAAAUCAUACAAUGAUGACUUGCUUUUAUAUUGGUAAGCCAGCAUCCUUUGGAUGUUUUCUGAGGUGGAUCUUUCUGAAGUGAUACUAGAUUAUAAAUCAGAAUAAAAUUAUUGAUGAAUUCUC